AUGAAUACAAAUAAAUUUAGAAAUUACUAUGAAGAUGUUCAUGGUGUAAUUAAAGAUAAGAAAGAUGAUUAUGCUGAAAGAGGUGUGAGAGAUCGGCCAUAUAGUGGUGGUAGAGGUAGAGGUGGUUUCGAUAGAAACUAUAGAGGAAAUAGAGAUACCUAUAGUAAUAGUAAUAGAGAUAGAGAUAGAGAUAGAGGUGAUAGGAAUAGUGGUGGUAGACACUAUCAUAACAACAGAGAUAAUAAUACUAGCAAUAAUAAUAGAUCGAUAUCAAAGAGUUAUCAAGGUUUUAAGAAUACUAUGCUGUCAAGGCAUCAUGGUAGUGGUGGUGGUGGUGGAAAUAGAGGUUAUGAUGGUGGUGGAAAACAUAAAGUAAUAACUUCAUUCCACGAUGAUAGAACACCAAGUAGUUUCAAUAAGCGUAGUAGUAACAACAGUUCCUAUAGACAAAGACAAGACAUUGGAAUCGAUCAGAAUCUACAAUGGAAUCAUGAUAGAUUUAUUCCGAAUGAUAAAGAUGAAGAUCAUGAUAAUUUAGAUAGUAAAGAUUUUUCAGAUGAAGAGGAAAUUGAUAAUUAUCACAAAGAUGAAGAAGAUGAUGAUGAAUCAGAUAACAACCGAGAUCGUCAUCGUAAUAGAUCAAGUGACAUGGACACUGGUGAUGAAGAUAAUCUAGAAGAAGGAGAGCAAAGAGAUUAG